GAAGGCUGAGAACAGGAUCUUGUACCUCUGAUGCUUGCAGCAUUAUACACAUCACAGGAACGCAGGAUUGGAGCUUAAUUAGACUAUAUGAAGCCCUGAAUUGACAGGCAACUUUCACACCAAAAGGAUUAUUCUGUAAGGAAAGAAUGAAUCUCUGGCUCUACAUGCAAAGCUGUGUAGCUCAAAGUCUGUGAACAAAGCUGCUCUGGAGUGUUUUUAGUGUAUGCUGUCACAGAGAUCCACAUCUUUCAGCCAUCAAGUUUCAAGAAACAGAUUUACCACCUGUACUGUCUGAACUCUGCUUACAAAGAACACAAGUAGAUAACACUGCUUCUGCUUGCUAUAAAAGCAGAAGUCUGAAAAUGAUGACUGGCCAGUUGAUGAAUGAGUCCACAGAGAAUGCAUCACAGGUGUUCUCAGGUCUGGACCUCCUUUUUGACAUGAAACCUCUCUUCAUUCCCUUAUACGCCUUGUUGGUGACCGUAGCUUGCCUGGGAAACUGUGUUCUAAUACUUCUCAUUGCCUUUACUAAGAAGCUUCACAACACUACCAAUUUCCUUAUUGGGAACCUAGCAGCAGCCGAUCUUGUAAUGUGUAUUUUCUGUGUUCCAUUGACAGCCUCCUAUGCUUUUGAAACCCGUGGAUGGUUGUUUGGGAAAUUCAUGUGCCACUUUGUCACUGUUAUGCAAGCUGCAACUGUCUUCGUAUCUGUGCUAUCCUUGACUGCCAUUGCAAUUGACCGGUAUGUAGUAGUUGUGUACCCUAUCAGAAGGCGAAUAGGAUGUAAAUCGUGCUUUUAUAUUGUAACUGUCAUCUGGAUGGUGUCCAUUGGAGUCUCCUUACCAACAUCCAUGCGUACUCACUAUCUGGAUCUGAAGAGUGUUGGCCAUGACAUGAUAAUUUGCGAGGAAUUCUGGAAGCACCAAGAAAAACAGAGGCUUCUCUACUCUUGUACAAUGCUUCUAUUGUCUUACAUGCUGCCACUUUCUGCUGUCACUAUAUCCUAUUGUGCCAUUGCCUAUCACCUUAGGAGGAGGAAUGUACCAGGGGCCACAACCCACAAUCAAGAUAAGUGGUCUAAAAAGAAGCAGAAGACUUUCCGUAUGCUCAUUAUUUCAGUCAUGGCUUUUGCUAUAUGCUGGCUGCCUCUUCAAGUGGUCAACCUCAUCCGGGAUAUUGAUGAAGAGUUUUCCAUCUUAGAUAAGAAUUACAUUAAUGUUAUUCAAGUUACUUGCCAUCUUAUUGCCAUGAGCUCUGCAUGCUAUAACCCAUUUAUUUAUGCUUCUUUGCAUGAUAAAUUUCGCUUUCAUCUCAGAAAUUACUUCUACCACCAAAAGAAGAGAGCCAGAACCAUGUCAAGUAAGAACUCAAGGCUCAAUACUUGUUCCACACUGGCUGAUGUUCCCAUGGUCCUUUCAGAUAAGAUGACAUUUACAGGGAGAUGCUCUUUUAACUAGAAACCUUUCACUUUGUGUUUAAAUUCACAUGUGCAUUGCUGCUUACAUUACUUUACAAAGUGAAGUGUGUCAUAAUAACUACUGCUUGAAUAUACUGUAUAUUUAAAACCAUCAGAUUUCAUCCCACUUACACAAAUUGUGCAUUAAUCUUGACGCAUGCUCUAAAUUGGUCAAUAUGAUCAAGGGGGUAACUCAGACCUGAUCGCUGUUGUGCGAAUUCGGAAGAGGGCCGAUUAUCAAUCAACUGUGCAUGCGUACAGGUCGUAGUGCGCACGCAUGAGAACAAACUACAAAACAAUCCUGCAUCUUUUUUGAUUGCUAGGCGUAUGCAAGUUGAUUGGACGUUUGGGGGAGGUAACUUCCGUUUUCUGGGAGUGUCAGUAAAAAUGCAGGCGUACCCAAGCAUUUUCAGGGAGGGUGUGUGAAGUCAGCUCCAGCCCCGAAAGCCUGUAUCUAUUGCACUGUAGGAGUAGGUCCUUGGCUACGCACAGACUGGAAAAAAAAUAAUUUGAUGGUGAGUGAAUUGCGAACGGAUUUGCAGCUGACCGGCGUUUGCAAAGAUUUUCAUAUGACGUACGCAGACUUGCAUGGGGCGGGUAUUCAUUCUGUCUGGGCGGUGACUAUCUGAUCACAAACCUCUGCAAAUUUGCAGAGGAGCGAUCAAGUUUGAAUUAGGCCCCAUGUUAUACAAUCAAGAUACUGUACAUGUUUCUUAUAAGCUAAUUCUCUUCACAACAAAAACAAUUGAUUUUACUCAGGGACUUGGAUACUAUGAUGAGAGAGUUUCCAUUGACUGAGAGUUCAUAAUUUACAUGUUGGUAUAUUUUAGUAUUGUAGAUGCAAUUCACCUAGACUAAUCUAGUGGAUGACAAAAUAAAACUAAUAAAGCAUAACGAAGAAUAUCAAUCGACAAUCACUCAUAAGAAAUCACUGUUCCUGUCAAAUGAGAUCACGGCAGCAAACAAUAGGCCAGCUCAACUUUUCCGCACAGUGGAGAUGCUUUGCGAGCCAGCAUGCCUGCAGACUGAUGAAACCCUCUCGUAGGCAAGAUGCAACGAGUUUGCAAACUUCUUUGCAGAUAAAAUAUUCACUAUCCGGACUGACAUCUCCACAGUGCCUUCAAAGGAGUGCAAAACUACAAAGCCUGCCAAUAUAAGCCACCUGCCUUCAUGGACCAGCUUUGACCCAGUGGAUGUGUAAAGGACACUGCUGAAAUUGCUUGGAUUUUGCGUCCCACCACCUGUGAUCUGGACCCGGCCUCAACCAAGCUUCUAAUAGGUUGCAUGGAUAUAAUUGGUCCUGUCUUUGCAAAAAUUGUUCAGUGCUCUUUGCAGACAGGCAUUUUUCCUGGACCCCUAAAGGAAGCAAUUGUUAGACCUCUUCUUAAAAAACCUAAUUUAGAUGCCGAUUGCAUGACCAACUAUAUACCGUUAUCAAGCCUUCCUUUUUUAGGAAAGGUUAUUGAGAAAGUGGUUGUAAAUCAACUGGAAACCCGCCUGACAACCCAUGAUAUUUAUGAUCCAUUCCAAUCAGGAUUCUGUACUUGUCCUUUGCUCCAGGCACUGAUAACCCAAUACCAACCCUAAAUGGCUGUCUAGCUGAGCUCCAGGAGUGGAUGAGCACCAGUUGGCUGCGACUGAACCCAGAUAAAACAGAGGUCCUUAUGAUAGGGACACAACAUCAAAGGACAAGACUGCAGCAUAGCCAACCAACUGGACUUACACUUGGGGAUUCAGAAUUAUAAACCACUGAUCAUGUGCAGAAUCUUGGCAUUGUCUAGGAUGGUGGCUUAACACUUAAACAUCAAAUAUCAGCCACAAUCAAAUCCUCAUUCUUUCACCUGAGGAACAUAGCCAGAAUCAAGCACUUAAUUCCCUCAGAUGAUCUGCCAAAAGUCAUACAUGCAUUUGUAUCAUCUCGAUUAGACUACUGUAAUGCCCUCUACCUUGGUCUCCCAGCAAAAUAAUUGCACCACUUACAGCUGGUGCAAAACACAGCUGCCAGGCUGUUAACCAACCAGCCCCAUUCUAGCCACAUAACACCCAUCCUCUACUACCUUCACUGGCUGCCUGUAAAAUGGCGAAUCAUCUUCAAGAUUGGCUUACUGAGUUUUAAAGCACUACAUGACCAGGGCCCAAAGUACCUGAAGCAGCUUCUGAUCCCAUACUGCCCCACUUGAUUACUGCGAUCUGUAGAUGAAGGACUUUUAGCAGUACCCAGUCCCAUAAUUCAUCUGGGGGUCGAGCUUUUAGUCAUGCGGCUCCGACUCUAUGGAACUCACUUCCCCACAAAGUGCGAGUGGCCCCAACUAUAGAAUCCUUCAAAAGUAGACUCAAGAAUCCUUUUUAUUCAAGCAUUUCCAUAAUGUCCCUUUAGUAUCUUCAUGCUUCUGUAUUUUAUGAAAAGCUGUUUGGUAUUUCAUUAUUUUCUGUACUAUAUUAUGCUAUGUAUCUGUUAAGCGCCUUGAGUCCUAUUGGAGAAAGAGCGCUAUAUAAAUAAAAUUAUUAUUAUUAUUAUACAUUUUAAUUUAGAAAUGUUUAAACAAAGGGAAACUUUGGUAUUGUUUAUAAACCAUUCACUCCUAACACUUUUAAGGACAAUGCAUUACUUUUACAAUCUUGAUAACAAAGUUAUAGCUUUAAAUUUAAGUGGAUUUGUGAAAACUGUAACUGAUAGUAACUUUAACAGAGAUAGGUGUAAUUGAAUAUUGGGCCUAAUUCAGAGUUGAUCACAGCAGCAAAUUUGUUAGCAGUUGGUCAAAACC